AUGGCUGUUUCCAACGGAGUCAACGGCCACACAAACGGCAGUGCGCCUACAAAGAACGGCAAAGCGUCAGCUAAACAACAUGUCGAGUCAAUAUCAUCAAGUUUGUCCGAUCUCUUUGACGACAACAUCACAGCAAAGAUCCUCCACGCUGCUGAAACAGGUUUAAAGAAUAACAACCCACCGCUCGCAUAUCCAGAAUACGUCCCUCAGACAGGAACAGACUCAGGGAAAUACAUCCUUCGUGAGAAACUCUUCUGGACAUGCGGUUUCUUCCCGGGCUCAAUUUACUCACUUAUCGAGCGUCUGAUAAAGUUUCCGCAAGCUUCAGCCGGAGACGCAAAGAAACAGCAACUUCUGCAACAGCUACUCACUGUCGGACAGGCUUGGUCUGAUCCGCUCCACGAAUAUGCCAAGCGGACAGAUACGCACGACAUGGCCUUCAUGAUUCAGCCCUCGAUGAGAGUUCGCUGGGAGGUGUUGCACGAUUUUACGGCUCUUGAGUCUGUGAUUACUGCCGCGCGCUCGCUUUACACAAGAUAUAACUCCACUGUCGGUGCUAUCCGCUCUUGGGAUGUUCUGGCGCAAGAUGGUGUUGAUAUAUCGAGUAUGACCGAGGAUUUCUUGGUUAUCAUCGAUUCAAUGUGUAAUCUUGAUCUACUUUACUACGCCGCAGCGCAGACCGGACAGACGGAGAUGGCUGAGGCAGCGACUACCCACGCCAAGGCGUUGAUCAAGGCUCUUUUACGGCCUGAGACGGAUGAUUCAGUUGGCCGAACUAUGUACAGCACAUUCCACGUCGUCAACUUCAAUCCCAACGACGGAUCGAUCAAGCAAAAGAGAACGGGCCAGGGCUACGCUGCAAACUCGACAUGGGCUCGUGGACAAGCUUGGGGCAUUCUCGGGUACUCGCAGUCAUACAACUGGACCAAAGAUCCAGAGUUCCUAGACGCGGCUAUGGGAUUGGCGGAGUAUUUCAUCUUCAGACUUCUCAAAUCUCCAGACUGUGUCGAAGUUCCUGUACCAGGAGAGAACCGCACUAAGGGGCGUUACGUACCUCUUUGGGAUUUCGAUGCACCCAUCGACGAAUCUGCUCCGUUGAGAGACUCCUCGGCAGGUAUCAUUGCGGCAAACGGAAUGCUUGUCCUCUCACAAGCCCUUGCUGCGAAUGGAUCACACGAUCUUAGUGAGAGAUAUCGAACAAUGGCAAUCCGGAUCGUCAAGGACACACUGGACUUUUCACUCGCUCAGGAGAAGUCAAAUAUUGUGAGCAAUCAGGAUGGAACUUUUGCGGUUCAAGAUUUGGACCCGAGCGCUCAUUUCGAAGCAAUUUUGAAAAAUGCCACGGCUAACCACAACGCAAAGGAUUACAAGAGGUAUUGGGAUCAUGGGCUGGUAUAUGCGGAUUAUUAUUUGAUAGAAUUCGGAAAUAGGCUGUUGAAGAUGGGUCUAGCUUAG